UCACGUGUUCCUGCCGCUUUGUUACACCGGGUGGGCGCAGAGGGAGCGGCCGAGGAUGAUGGAGUAUCGGGCCGGCUUCCCCGGCGCCGCUUCUCACAACGACGGAGAGGAGGAGGACGAAGGCGGAGAAAGAUACAGACCGCUCCCCGGGGUGGCGUGGCGGAGUCAGGUGUACACUGGUGGUGUAGAGAGUGUUUGUCACAAGCAGCAGGAGUUGAUGAAGAAGACAGUGGAAUGCCGGUGGAAGCUGGCUGAAGCCCAGCAGAGACUUUGCAAUUUGGAGCUGCACAACUCUGAGUCUUUGGAACAAGAGCACGCCAAAGCACAGACUGAAUACUGGGAGCUGAAAAAGAAAGAGGAUGAAUGGAGGCAGAAGGAGGAAGAGCUGAUCUGGAAUGAGAGGAUGAGUUCAUGGAAUAUUGAUACAGUCAGUAAAGAAGGAUUUAAUAAGAGUGUGAUCAAUAAAAGCAUAAAAUGUAAAGAAGUAGAAGAGGAGAAAUAUGAAAAAAAUGCAACAUUUGCACAGAAAUAUGAACAACAGAUCAGGCACUUUGGGAUGUUGAAGCGGUGGGUUGACAGUCAGAGAUACUUGUCAGACCACCCCCACCUUGUUUGUCAGGAAACUGCUAAUUACUUGAUAAAGUGGUGCUUUCAUUUAAAAGAGGAGGAGAAACAAGCACUAAUGGAACAGGUGGCACAUCAGGCUGUCGUUAUGCAGUUCAUUAUAGAACUGGGCAGAAGCCUUCAACAGGAUCCCCGAGGCUGCUUCCGACAGUUUUUUGAAAAAGCAAAGAUAGCUGAAGAGGGAUACAUGGAAGCCUUUAACACUGAACUAGCAGCAUUUAUCCAGCGGGUACGAGAAUUUGCAGAUACAAAAGCGACAGAGACAGUGCCACCGCAGAAAGCAGCUCCACACCAGAAUCACUUGGAUGCUCAUGGUCUGUAUCCUGUGGAGGUGUUCGAAUCUUUGCCACAGGAGCUCAAAUGGUGUUUCCAGUUGCAAGAUGUCCACAUUCUCCAGAAUGUGCUUAGCAACAUGAACCCUCAGGUUGCUGAACAAUACUUGCAGCACUAUAUUGACGCAGGCCUAAGGAUUUACAGUACUCGAGAAGCCAAAGAGGAAAGAAAUGAAGAACCUAGAAUGGACAUAUCCUAAAUGUUUAGCAAUAAUGCUGUCUACUAGAAAUCUACAUAAAACAUUUUCACUACAGUGGAAGAAAAGACGGCUAUUUUUGUAUGUAACUGGUAACUUGCCUGUUCGAAUGCUGCACUUUAUAUUCAUCAGGAGUGUUUUAAAAAAAUACUUAAGUUUUGUUGAAACCCAACUGUUGGUAGUAUGAAUUGGAAGCUUAAGUGUCCUGAUGCUGGCUGUUUUGAAAUACAGUACAGGAUUUGUGGAUCAAUGUUCUGUCCUUCCCCACCUGAACUCGGACUAUGAUACUUACUGGGAUAUUGCUGGGUAUCGGUCAGAUUCCACAGUAAAUUACGUACAGUGGGUUUUCCCUUCUCCACUCCUCUGAUUAAGUUUUUCAUAGGUGUCAAGUUCCUGAAAACUGAGGCUGGAGCAGUCCUGUAGGAAACGUGUACUUAAAACCUGUGUUUUAAGAGUAAAGGGAAUUGUGCCUUUGACAUUUGCUGCAGGGUGUACUUUUCUCUUAGUGCUAGCAAUAAACCUGUUGAAAAUGAACGGAUUUCCCCACCUGUACUAACGUUUCACUAAUGUUAGUGGAAAAUUUACCCGACAGUGCUGUUAUUUAAAAUACACCUAUAAUUUGGACAAAUUAGCACCUGCCGAAAGCCAGAAAUCUUUAAAAUGAAAAGGUCAUAGGAAACAAGGAAACAGCAUGUUCAAAGCAAAGCCAAAAAUACCAACUUCCCUUAUCUCCCAGCAUUCAUUUCCGAUUUUUUUUUUGAAAAAGGUUUCUUUUGGCAGUUUGGCACAUCUUGAGUUCUUAUUCAGGAAAUAUUUUAGUAUUGGGAGUGCUAAAAUGGUGUUCCACUUUCCUGCAAACAAUACUUCAGCCCUGGAGUUAAUGCAGUCAUGGUCUGGCAGGUAACAGAAUUUUAUGUCUGUUCACUGCUCUGGGAAAGAACAGAGGCUUGGGAUACAUUCUUUUCUGGAAAUGAGAACAAACUACAGUAGAGUUGGUCUGGAAGACAAUUGUGAUGUGUAGAGAAUCAGCUUCAAAGUGUUUCUCUCUGGUGUAAGUCUUUCUGAUUUCACUGUUGGAUUGUAUGUGUUGACUUUCAAAGUAGCAGCACAAUUGUAGAAGCAGCUACCUGCCUCUUUGGCCAGGGGUAUCUGGAUCACAGAAGCAGGAUUGAAUAAUUAUAUUUCAUUUUGCAAGGGCAUAAUUUACUGAGUGGAUUCCAAUUAACCUGUAAAAUGCAAUGAACCUUCUAUAUAUUGGGCCUCAAGUUCUCUAAACAUAACAGUGAAAUCUUAAUGAUCAGGAUAAAUUUAAGGAGCCUUCUCCAAUUCUGGCUGCUUGGAGCUGCAGUGAUUUAGCGGGUGCAAUCCAUGAAAAACACUGGGUUUUUGUAUUCUUGUGAAUAAAUGUACUGGCAUUUGUGAAGAGUGAGUGAAAUGAGUGAUUGACAAAUGAAACCUGUUACAGCGAGGCUUGGAUGUUGCUUUAUGGUGUCUGGCAAUGCAUACUCCACUAUGAAGAAGAGCUUGAAUCAGUAAUAGUGGAGUAAACUGUAUUGUAAAUUGGUGCCCAUUGACUUCAGAGACUUGGUUCCAAAUGAUCAAGUCUCUGUCUGUGGUGUCACUCAAUUCUCAGUUUAAUCACCAUUUAUCAUGUAACUGCUUGUGAAUGUUUUUUUUGCCAAGUCUAUUUACAAAUCUGUAUAUGUGAGCUGCAAAAUGAAAAUGUGCACCUUUUUGGUAAGAAUGCCAAAUGGUCACUUAGUUCUUGCACUGAUUUAUUUACUAUGCUUUUUAAUGAGAAAAUUAGUUGCUUGAUAUGAAUAAACAUGAAAAUAAA